AUGGGCCAUCAUAAAGAAGAUUCCACCCACCGCCACGAACACAAAGGCAACCGUUCCCACGAACUCCUCGCCGGUGCUGCCGCCUUCGCCGCCUUCCACGCCUUCGAAGCCCACCAAAAGGCACAAGGAAAACCCGUCUCUCACGCUCUCGCAAAGGAACUCCUAGCCGCCUUCGCAGCCGCCGAGGUCGAGAAGCUCAUUGAAACUAAAGGACGAGAAAAGUGGGACGAAUACAGGUCAAGAUCGAAGACUAGAGAUGAAGUAAGGGAAAGGAGUAAGGAGCUAUAUAAACAGAGCUAUGAGGGUGUAAUUGAUGAAGAUGAAAUUGAAGUUGGGAGGCAUAGACAUCGUCAUAGAGAGAUUGAGGAGCCGAGGAGGAGUCAUGAUCAUAGUACUAGUCGUGAGAGGAGGAGGAGAAAAGAGGAGACAGCGUAUUAUUACUAG